GGAGCCCACACUGAAUCCAGUCAUCAGAUGGAACUCUCAGGUCGAAAACUUGUUUAACAUGGGAGUUAAGAGGGCACCAGGCAAGCCAGCACAAUAUACUGAUGUACUUUUUAAGAACUGCUUGUUUAAGGGACAAUAAGGAUCUGUUUUUCAUUCUUCACGUAACCUUUUCAAAAUGCCUCGGAACCGACCCUUCUCCGAGCCAGAGUACUCUGCUGAGUAUUCAGCAGACUGCUCGGUCACGUUGCCCUCUGAUCCGGGCCAAGCAGUGGGAAGAACCCAUGAGGUCACCGUGCGUAACUCAGGCUGCUGUUUGUGUCUCCCUCGGUUCAUGCGUCUUACAUUUACCCCAGACUCACUGGAAAACCUCUACCAGACCUAUUUUCGGAGGCAGCGGCAUGAAACCCUGCUGGUAUUGGUGGUCUUUGCAGCCCUCUUUGACUGCUAUGUGAUUGUGAUGUGUGCUGUGGUCUAUACCAGUGAUAAGCUGGCAUCUGUGGCUGUGGCGUGUGUAGCAUUGGCUGUGGACAUCGUGCUCUACCUACUGUGCCGCUUCGGACUUCUGCCUGAGCGCAUCUCUCGCCGGCUGGUGCCCUAUGCCCUAUGGGUGCUCAUAGAUGCCCACAUUUUCUGUUAUCUAGGACUGAACUUUGCUCGCUUCCACCAGGCCAGUGACACAGUAGGUUGGCAGGCCUUCUUCAGCUUCUCCUUCUUCUUGACACUGCCGUUACGACUGACACCUAUUGUGCUCAUCACAGCUGUGUCAUGCGGUGUGCACACGUUGGCGCUGGGCGUCACCAUCGCACAGCAGCAGCAGCAAGAAGACAUCCAAGGAGCUGCCCUCGGGAGACAGCUGUUGGCCAACAUCCUGAUCUACAUAUGUGCAAUUACUGUGGGGCUUAUGUCAUAUUACAUGGCUGAUCGCAAACACCGCAAGGCCUUUUUGGAGGCCAGACAGUCUCUGGAGGUGAAGCUGAAUUUAGAGGAACAGAGUCAGCAGCAGCAACGUCUACUGCUGUCCAUUCUGCCAAAGCACAUAGCAGAUGAGAUGCUUCAAGACAUGAAAAAAGAGGCCAGUCAGAAAGAGAUGCAGCAGUUCAACACUAUGUACAUGUAUCGCCAUGAAAAUGUUAGUAUUCUGUUUGCAGACAUUGUGGGAUUCACCCAGCUCUCUUCUUCCUGUAGUGCACAGGAGCUAGUCAAGCUGCUCAAUGAGCUGUUUGCCCGCUUUGACAAACUAGCUGCUAAAUAUCACCAACUGAGGAUUAAGAUCCUUGGGGACUGUUACUACUGUAUCUGUGGCCUCCCAGAUUACCGAGAAGACCACGCAGCCUGCUCCAUAAUGAUGGGAUUGGCUAUGGUGGAAGCAAUUUCCUAUGUUCGAGAGAAGACGCAGACAGAUGUUGACAUGCGUGUUGGGGUGCAUUCUGGGACAGUUCUUGGCGGGGUGCUGGGACAGAAGCGCUGGCAGUAUGAUGUCUGGUCCACAGAUGUCACAGUGGCCAACAAAAUGGAGGCUGGAGGUAUACCUGGGCGAGUACACAUCUCUCAGAGCACACUGGAGUGUCUUCAUGGUGAAUUUGAUGUCGAGCCAGGAAAUGGAGGUGACCGCUGUGAAUACCUGAGGGAGAGAGGCAUUGAGACUUACCUGGUUGUUGUUCCCAAAGGACCAGUGAGCAAGAACGGCAUCAAUGGAGUAAAGCUGUCGGUGACUUCAUCUAAUGGGAAUUCUCCUCUGUUGAUCAACACUACAGAAUGUAAUGGCAGUGUACACACAGGCUGCACCACACCUGAAGAACCAGAAGAGCUGGACACACGGGUGGUGAAUCCCUCAUUCCCAAACCCUCGGCGGCGGCUUCGUUUGCGAGACCUGGCUGAGAGAGUUAUUGAUGCUCAGGAAAAUGAGCAGGAGCUAAAUAAACUUCUGAAUGAAGCAUUGCUAGAAAGAGAGACAGUGCAGGCAUUAAAGGGGAAGUACACAAACCGCCUUUCACUGCGCUUUGUGAAUCCUGAGCUGGAGACACGUUUCUCAGUCGAAAAGGAGAAGCAGAGUGGAGCCGCCUUCAGCUGUUCCUGUGUAGUGCUGCUUUUUACAGCAGCAAUUGAGGCACUUAUAGAUCCUCUGUUGAUAGCUAACUAUGUGACUCUAGCUGUGGGGGAAGUGCUGCUGCUCAUUCUCACCAUCUGCUCCCUGGCAGCCAUUUUCCCACGGGUAUUUCCGAAGAGACUGGUAUCAUUCUCUACAUGGAUUGACCACACACGUUGGGCUCGCAACACUUGGGCCAUGGCAGCCAUAUUCAUCCUCACAUUGGCUGACAUAAUAGACAUGCUAAGCUGCCAGCCUCCACAGUCUGUUGGGGACGUUUCUCCAGCCCCGAGUGGACUACGAGGUUGUCUGGAGAACCCCAAAUAUUACAGCUACAUUGCUGUAUUAGCGCUGAUUGCUACUACCAUGCUAGUACAGGUCAGCCACAUGGUGAAGCUUACUCUGAUGCUACUGAUCACAGUAGCCUCGGGAAUCGUCAACAUUUACAGCUGGAGGGACAUCUUUGACCUUUAUGAUCUAACCCACUAUAAUAAGUACAGAAUAUACCUCGUGCCAUCCAAAUAUACAAUGACUGUGAUGAUCUUCAUAAUGAUGGUCAGCUUCUACUACUUUGCACGACAUGUGGAGAAACUGGCUCGCACGCUGUUCCUGUGGAAAAUUGAGGUACAUGAACAGAAGGAGAAGGUAUAUGAGAUGAGGCGCUGGAACGAGGCUCUGGUCACGAACAUGCUCCCAGAGCAUGUUGCCCGCCAUUUUCUAGGCUCCAAAAAGAGGGAUGAGGAACUGUACAGCCAGUCCUAUGAUGAGAUUGGGGUCAUGUUCGCCUCUAUCCCGAAUUUCUCUGACUUCUACACAGAGGAGAGCAUCAACAAUGGGGGUAUUGAGUGUCUGAGGUUCCUCAAUGAAAUUAUCUCUGACUUUGAUAGUCUUCUGGAUGAGCCUCAGUUUCGCUGUAUAACCAAGAUUAAGACUAUCGGCAGUACUUACAUGGCAGCGUCAGGAGUCACUCCUGACACCAACGCUAACGGCUAUGCUUGCAUGAAGCAAAAGGAGGAAUUGUCUGAUAGAGAGCGCUGGCAGCAUUUGGCAGAUCUGGCGGAUUUUGCUUUGGCCAUGAAAGUUACUCUGAUGAACAUUAAUUAUCAGUCGUUUAACAACUUCAUGCUUCGCAUUGGGUUGAAUAAGGGUGCUGUUCUUGCUGGAGUCAUAGGGGCUCGGAAGCCACAUUUUGACAUCUGGGGCAACACUGUUAAUGUGGCUAGUCGCAUGGAGUCUACAGGAGUGAUGGGAAACAUUCAGGUGGUGGAAGACUGCUAUAACAUCCUGAAGGACUACGGCUUCCGUUUUGUGAGAAGGGGACCUAUCUUUGUUAAAGGGAAGGGGGAGCUGCUGACUUAUUUUCUAAAAGGACGAGAAAAACAGGGUUCCUUCAUCAAUGGCUCCUCUGUCACACUGCCUCAUCAGGUGGUGGACAGCUCUUGACCUACCUGCACAUAAAACCAACAAAUACAAAACUUCAAGUAAACAUUCGCCCACCUGGUGUAUGUAACAUAGCAAGUAAGACCUAUUGAAGGGGAAUUUCAUAGAUUUUCAAAAAUCUAUCAUAAUUCACUUGGUUUCAGGUUAAGUCAUGCAGAAGAGAAGAGAUUCCUAACAUUUGUGAUGGGAAACUGGGGUCGUUGUCUCAACUUCAUACACAACGAGUCCUUUAAUAAGUGGCUUUGUGAAAUGCAAAUUGGGCACAAAAGAAUAUUUAUUGUACCUGCACAUCAAAUUCCGUCUGCCCUGGGCUGUUCUCUUUCUCUAUCAGUGUUCUUUAGUCUUCCUCAUUCUUGUGCGACUCUCUUUGUAAGGCUACUGCAAUUCUUCAUCUGCAUUUAUCGGUGAAAACUGAUGCAGCAUUUGGAUAUUUAAAAAUAUCAUCCUAUGAUGCCAUUUUUGAUAGUAAGCAGGCUAAACGUAAACAAAAAUAGUGGAAUACUGCAACUGUUACAUGUGUUGACUGGCGAUAGCUACACUCAAAAAAAUAACUUGCAAAUAACUUGCUCAGUGAACAUAAUAAAAUUAUGGAAAGUAUUUCCACCCAAGUAAAAUGCGUUAACUUAGCCAGAAACAAUUUUGUUGAGUGACCUAAAUGUCAACCGUGAGAUGUUAGACUUAGGUUCAUGUAACAAACACCCAUGUUGGUUUUUUUGAGUGUACAGGCUGUAUUAACAGCAGAAAUGCCUGUCAUAGUAUGGGAGUUGGGCUUGCAUGCGCUAGACAAGAUUUGGAAUGAGAAAAACACACAGAAGUAUCUUCAAGGUGGCACGGUGGUGCAGUGAUUAGCGCUGUCGCCUCACAGCAAAAAGCUUCCGGGUUUGAACCUCGUGGCCGACGGGGGCUUUUCUGUGUUGUGUUUGCAUGUUCUCCCCGUGUCUGUGUGGGUUUCCUCUGGGUGUUCUGGUUUCCCCCACAGUUCAAAGACAUGCAGAUUAGGUAAAAAUACCCAUCCAGUGGGUUUGCACAAGCUAGGGCAUACUUAGUGCUGGUCCCAAGCCCGGAUAGAAUGGGGAGGGUUGUGUCAGGAAGGGCAAAUCAAAGAGAUUAAAAAUGAGUUGGGGCUUCACCCUGUAUUCCUCCCCUGUCAUGAACUAUGUGAGUAAUAAAAGUAACCAAAAGAUACUAGUUUACACAAAACAAAUAAAUAAGGCCAAAGCCUUCUCAUUGUGCAUCAGCCAUGUAUUUGAAUCAUCCUGUGUACAGAAGGUGGGUACAAGAGGCUUUUCGCACUUCAAACUGCUGGUUCCUAUUACUGCCACUGUAAAUACUUCUGAAUGAAUGGCACAUAUUUCAUCAAAUAAUCCACCUAACUUUAUUUAGUUCUUAAAGAUAGAAUUUGGUAGAAAUCUGAAGUAUCUGUGGAAUUCCCCUUAAAAUAUUGUGUUGCAUGUUAAAAGGGAGGGACAUCACAGAAAUGGGGUGCAAAAUGAGAUUCUGGUCACUCAGGAGAAAUAUAGGGUACUGUACUUGGAUCAUUUAAAUAAUGACUCUGGAUGGACGGAAGGAAGAAUGAAUGAAUUUCCAAAAAUAAUCUAUCUGCUGAAUCAGUAAAAUUAUUGUUUGAGUACAACACAGAGUACUAACAGUAGAUUUAGUGACCCAGUGGAUAAAGUCAAGAUUGUACAUGACACACAGUGCUUUUACAGUUGACUUUUAAACUGAUGUACUAUAGGUUAUUGUUAAAAAUUCUGUUGUACACCUGAGAUUUCUUUCUUGUUAAUCGAAGAGCAAAUUUUAACGCGUAUAAAGGGAUGCACACUGGCGCUGUCUGCCAUUAUGUGUGUGCAGAUGCAUGCACGCAGAAUUGUGUGUGUUCUUGCCUGCUGUUCUGAACAUCUUUUUAUCUGCCUACCCCCUUUUAUUUCUGUGGCUUUGGACUCUACAGCCCUUUACAGUCAACCCGUUUUUCUACCCUGUUGAAAGUGUUUUAGUGUGCCAUACAAGAAGUGCCAUAACAUAAUUAUAUGUCCUGUAUAUAUGCUCCUCUGGGGUGAUCGACGUGUCACUGUGAGCAGGUGAAAUGCAAGUGUGUAUGUACAGUAUGCAUGCACGAGAUGAAAAUGCAGCUGGGUUCAAGAGAUUUUUUUGACAGUAUUGGAGAUACGGAUGCUUCCCAGAUCUCUGAUUAUAUUCCCCUCAAAGACUUUCCUAAAAUACUAGAUGAAUGUGCAAUAGUUUAUUCUUUUACAAUGUUCUGUUCUCCAAUACCCUUUGCAAAAACAUUCUCUACCCAGUAAGUCAUAUUUUUAUAUUGUAUAUGUUUCAUUCAAAAGAGUAUUGUGCAGUUUUUUCAGGUACAAGACCGAGGUGGUGUGCCUGGCAACAAUUUCCUGUUAAUUUAUUGCAGAUAUCAGGGAUAUUGAAUGAGAAACCACAGACAGAAUUGCAAUUGUUGUUUCUGAAUUGUUGUAAUGGGAAUGUUAUGGACAUUUUUUUUUCCUGGCCUGAUGCAGGAUUUUACUGAAAAAUAUUUUUUUUAUUUUUAUUUCCUAGGACAUGGGAAUAAAAUGGCACUUUGAAUGA